AUGCCCCAAUCUCCAUCUCGACCGUUUCUCCGCGCGAUUCUUCGCAACUCCCGCAACAUCAACUUCCAAAAGGGAGAUGCCGGGAGGAUGCACAAACAGGCGCGGUUGCUCCCGAAGUCCUGGACGUCGACUCUAAAACUCCCCAAGUCGACGUUCCCACCGCGAGUGUCGCCGGCCGACCAGACAAAAUACCUGAAGCGAUGCACCGAUGAGCUCUACGCCUGGCAGCGCCGCGAACGACCGGCCAAUAAACCCUUUGUCCUCCACGAUGGCCCGCCCUACGCGAACGGCGAAUUGCAUAUUGGACAUGCGCUGAACAAGAUCCUAAAGGAUAUCAUCAACCGGGUACAAUUGGGUCGGGGUAAACAAGUGCGGUAUGUGCCAGGAUGGGACUGUCAUGGCUUGCCAAUUGAGCUCAAGGCACUCCAGGGCCUACGUGAGAUGGGAGUCAUGGACGGAUCGGUCAGUCCGGCGGUGAUUCGAAAGUCUGCGCGUCAGCUGGCCCGACAGGCCGUCAAGGAGCAGAUGAAAGGGUUCCGUGGGUUUGGAGUCAUGGCCGACUGGGAGAACCACUGGAAGACGAUGGACAAGCAGUUCGAGAUGCGUCAGCUGAGAAUCUUCCGAGAGAUGGUUGACCAUGGUCUCAUCUAUCGCAAGUUCAAGCCCGUCUACUGGUCGCCCUCUACCGGUACGGCACUAGCAGAGGCUGAGCUGGAAUACAAGGAUGACCACAUUUCCAACGCGGCUCUGGUCAAAUUCCCCCUCGUCGAUAUCCCGCCUCACCUAUCUGCGGACCCAUUGCUCAAGUCGGGUGGUGUGAGUGCGGUUAUCUGGACUACAACACCCUGGACCCUGCCUGCCAAUGCCGCCAUUGCCGUGAAUAAAGACCUGGAGUAUGUGAUUGUGCAGUCCGAGACCCAUGGCAAUCUUCUGAUCGCCCAGUCUCGGUUUGAGUAUCUUGAGAGCGAGCUCAAAGAAGAGCUCUCCGUCAUUGUACCCUCGAUCCUGGGCUCCGAGCUUGCGGAAAAGACCACCUACCGGCCCAUCCUCAAGGGUGCCAAUGCUGACCCUCAGCCAAUUAUCGGUGCGGACUUUGUCACCGCAGACUCCGGCUCUGGACUGGUUCAUUGUGCUCCCGGUCACGGUAUGGAUGACUACGAAGCCUGUCUCGCUCGCGGUAUUCCAGUUUUUGCGCCCGUCAACGAUGAAGGCCGGUUCACCGAAAAGGCCAUGCCACAUGAUCCCUCUCGUCUAGCUGGGAAACCAGUGCUAGGAGAAGGUAAUGAGCUUGUGCUGGCAUACGUCAACUCCCACGGUUAUCUCCUAGCGCGGCACACAUUCGAGCACAAGUACCCUUAUGACUGGCGGUCCAAGCAGCCGAUCAUUAUUCGUGCUACUGAGCAAUGGUUCGCUGAUGUCGCUGACAUCCGCAGUAGCGCACUCAAAGCUCUGGAAGAUGUUCGAUUUGUCCCGGAAGCUGGCAAGCAUCGCCUGAAUAACUUUGUCAAGAACCGCAGCGAAUGGUGUAUCUCUCGUCAGCGCGCGUGGGGUGUGCCUAUCCCUGCUAUCUACCACCGGACAACUGGCGAGGCGGUUUUGACCAAGGAAAGUGUGUCGCAUAUCAUGCAGACCAUUGAAGAGCGUGGCAUCGAUGCUUGGUGGACCGACGAUGCUGACGAUGCCGCUUGGGUGCUUCCCUCUCUGCGGGAUGACCCGGCCGGUUACCGACGAGGCACAGACACGAUGGAUGUGUGGUUCGACAGCGGCACUAGCUGGGCGGAGAUUGACAUCCCUCUUGAGGGCCGUAGUCAUCUUGCCGACGUCUACCUGGAAGGAUCUGACCAACAUCGCGGCUGGUUUCAAUCCGGUCUUCUGACAUACGUCUCCCAUCAGAUCGCUUCGGGCCAGAGCGACUCCUCUCGUGCUCCGUUCCGCAAUCUCAUUACCCAUGGAUUUACUCUUGACGAGCACGGGCGGAAGAUGAGCAAGUCUAUCGGCAACACUAUCGCCCCGCAGGCCAUCAUGGCCGGAACCCUGCUGCCUCCUCUCAAGCCCCGGAAGGGCAAAGGAAAAAAGCAGCCAGAGAACGCAGAGCCCAUUUAUGACGCCCUGGGUCCCGACGCCCUUCGCCUAUGGGCUGCGAGCAGCGACUACACCCGCGAUGUGGUCAUUGGAAAACAGGUCCUUCAAACUGUUCACACCAGUCUUCACAAGUUCCGAGUUACUUUCAAGCUGUUGCUUGGAGCACUGGGUGACUUCCGUCCUGAGUGCGUCGUGCCAUACGAGCAGCUGCAGCAAGUGGAUCGUAUCGCGUUGAAGCACCUCUCCGACAUGGUUCUCACCACGCAAAAGGCCUGCGACAAUUUCGAGUUCUACAAGGCCGUGGCCACGAUGAACCGGUGGGCGAACCUGGAGUUCUCAGCCUUCUACAUGGAAGCAAUCAAGGACCGACUGUAUACCCUGGGCGAGAACAGCACCAGCCGACGUGCCGCCCAAACCACUCUGUACUACAUCUACCACCACCUUCAGGACGUGCUGGGUCCGAUUACACCUCUCCUCGUGGAGGAGACCUGGGACCAUACCCCCGAGGUGAUCCGUUCGCAGAGUGAGCAUCCCCUACGGCGCAUCGCAGCCACCCCGGCAACCGAAUGGCAAGAUCCCGCACUGGAUACCAGCUACCAUGAGGUUGUCGCCGUGCACUCGGUGAUCAAGCAUCUGCAGGAGCAGGCCCGUGAGAAGAAGCAACUUGGCUCAUCUCUGCAAUCGUUCGUGCACCUAGUCCUUCCCCACACUGGCGACAGAAGCAGCACGGUCUUCCACCAGUACCUGUCCGAGCUACCAGACCUAUUCGUGGUCUCGUCUGUCACCCUGGCUGAUCCCAGCGAGGCUCUUCCUGCCGAGAUCGCCCAGGCCAAAUGGCAAUAUGAGGAUGAAUGCGAGCUUCCCGGUGGACAAGAGGGGCGAGUGUACGUCUACGCGCCACAAGCCUCCAAGUGCGCCCGCUGCUGGCGGUAUGCCAUUCCGGAGCCAGUGGCGACGGCUGAGAUCUGUGAUCGGUGUGAUUCAGUGGUUAGCGAGUUGGAGGCAGCUGCUGCCUCCGCCGCAUCGCCUGUUGUCUAG